ACACAUCACUCCACUGACUGCUCAGCCUAGCUUAGAAGCAGUACAAAGGCGGUAAUUUGUGAUCUGAAAUUCAAAAAAAGCCAUAAAAUGGCUCAAAUGGCUAUCACUUUGCUCACGAGAGCAAUCGAAUACGACAUGAACGGACGGAAGUUAGAAUCCCUCAAGCUAUACGAAGAUGGAAUCGAAGCACUGCUCAAGGAAUCAAAAGCGGAAACGGAUCCCGUACGCAAGAAGCACUUCCAAACCAAAAUCGUCGAGUACAUGGAACGAGCUGAACAGGUGAAAGAGUUAGUGACACGAUGGAAAAGCAAAGGUGAAAUACGCGACAAGAUGCACGUCGUGGACGGAGCAACAGGUUACAGCUAUGGGCGCGUAUUCGGGCGCUACAUGACCGACGAGGUGAAGGAAAUCCUGGUGGAGGAACCGUACGUGAGGGAUCACUAUCAGUUCUGCAACCUGGUGAUGUUCGGUGAGCUAGCAGUGACGAGUUGUAAAAAUUUGAAGUUCAUCAAACUUCUGACGGUGCGAGAGCAGAAAAAUAACGACGAGCAAUUACGAGCCUUUCAGACGUUGAAGGACAGUCUGAAGAAGCAAGGCGUGGAGUUUUUUGUGGAAUACUCGACGAGCAUGCACGAUCGACAAGUGAUAUUAAGUAAUGGUUUUAUAGUAAAAAUUGGUCGAGGAUUGAACUACUUCAAACCAAUUUCUAGCAAAUAUUGCCUUGGGGCCUUCAAUUACCACUUCAGGGAGUGUAGAGAAACAAAUAUCGAUGUAUUUUAUUGUCCUGAAAAUGAUAAAGCGUAGAAUUCAGAAA